AUGGGCUGGAACCAUGAAGAUUGGUGGCCUUGCUGGAUUGGACUCUUUCUUUUUGCUCUUGUCGCGAUCGCUGUUCAUAACAAGAUCCCAGCAGCUCACUUUGCCCCCUGGACCUCCAAUCCAUUUGAUUCUUUGAAUGGCAAGGCCAAUUUGGACCUUCUUGUUCUAUUCCCUUUACAGGGCUUCUUGGUUUGGCUUGCACUGUGGGCAGUCCAGGUCAAAAACUGGAGCAAGUUUUACAAAGGGUUUGCAGUCAUAUACUCCCUCUCCUUUCUCAGCAAAUGGCUAGCUGCUCAGAGAAACAUUAAGAGCGCCAGUUUGGGUGAUUCAAUAUGGGCCAUUUUAUUUGGAACAUUAUUAAGAAACAUUAUGGCUGGGGCGCCUUUACCAGAUGGACGAUCCAAGUCGCUACCAGGUUGGCUCAAGAUUGCUCAGCAGACAGAGCUCUACAUCGCUAUCUCACUUGUUCUUCUGUGCAUUGAUUUCUCUGUGCUUAAGCCACUGGCACCUAGAGCCAUCUUUGUCUCAUGGAUUGAUACCCCUUCACUGUUUAUCCUGGUUGCGCUUGUGGGCACGACAUGGCUUCGCAUUGACCUACAAACCUCCAUGAUCAUGAGCGGUGCGACUUUUAUUUGUGGCUCGUCUGCUGCCAUUGCUCUUUCGGCCUCUCUCGGCGCCGGUAGCAAAUCUGAUCUACCCAUCGCUAUUAUUUCUGUCUUCACCAUUCCCUCUAUUAUUGCUUUACCUUAUAUUGCCAAAGCGGUUGGUAUAAGUGCUAAAGUUGCUGGCGCCUGGUUCGGAGGUUGCGUUGAUUCGACUGGCGCAGUUAUUGCUGCCGCAACCAUCUAUGGUGAUUCUGGGAAUGUCGCGGUUGAGACUUCCGCUGUCGUUAAAAUGGUCCAGAACAUGCUGAUUGGGCCUAUUUCCGUAGGCGUAGCUGCAGUAUGGACUCAGCGAGAAGAACGACGCAUGCGGGCGCUGCAUAAUUCAUUGCAAGACGAUGUCCUCCGAUCCAAGUCUGACUUUAAGCCAGUUCCUUACCAGACCUUGCUUUGGAAUCGGUUUCCCAAGUUUGUGCUGGGCUUUAUAGUGACAGCGAUCCUAUUCAACACAAUUGUACCGAUGGAGGACAGGGCCGAGGUCAACUCUUUCUCAUUCAUGGUAGGCGAAUGGUUCUCAACCAUGAGCUUUGUCAGCAUUGGAUUAGGACUUCAAUUCCAUGAACUUCGACGUGAAGCCAGACUGUUACUCAAACUGACGACGCUGUACGCUCUGGCGCAGCUCGUUGACAUUUUGAGCACAUUUGGUCUGGCCUAUAUAGCUUUUGAGAUGUUUUAG